CAUCCCACUACUCUACCACGCGACGCGUUUUCCAUUUAACACCAGGCAACCUUAGUGCCAGCUACUACGAGCCACACACCCAAGCCAUCUCACCCACAGCCAACAACACUCAUCGCCGAAAGCCCAGUUUCUUCUUCAAACUGACCGAAUAUCAGGACUUCGGCUGCAAUUGACAUGAUUUCCGGGUUUUCCAACGGAUUUUGGUCCAAGGACUAUGCGACUGGCGUGAAAACUGUUUUCGAGCAACUGGACAAGGGCCUGGUCGAAAACUACCAGUUGCUGGAGCUGCUAAAGCUGUAUCAACAGGCAAAUGAAGAGUUUGGACAGAAACUGAACGCCAUUGGUAGUUCAUUACUGCAGGUUAAUGGCGGACAUACCUCUGAAGAUACGGCAACUACCAAAAAAGCAGUUGAUGGUUUCCGUUAUGAGAUUACCAAUCAAGGUCGGCAAUUUUGUCGCAUUGCACACGACCUGCAGACUCUCAUCAUCGGCCCACUGAGCAGAAAAAGUGAAGAUCACAGCGAGAAGGUGCAACGAAGCAAUACCGUUCUCAACAACCCAAGUUCGUGUGUAUGAAAAGAAACUCGUUGACACACGGAAAGCUGAAAAGUGUAUACUUCAACAAGUGCCGAACAUUUGAAGACUAUGUUGAGGAAUUACAGAACACAGAGGGUCCAGAGGCACUCGAACUUGCUCGAAUGACCAACAGAGACAGUAUCAACGGUCACAAGAGCACUGGAAGCAGCAGCUCGGUUGCAAAAAGCAAUUCUGAGGAGAGUGUUGACACAGCGAAACUCGAUGAGGACAAAACGAUCGUACAUGUCGGCUUCACUAAAUUCACUCGCUCAGAGUUUCGUGACGUUAUUGCACAAAUGCUUACACAGCUACCUCUUGCCGACAAACGUGUUCCUAUUCUGGGUACGUAUCAGCACACCUGUUCUGGUAAUACGAUCGUGACUUGGCUUCAAGAAAAUCUUGAGAUUCCAAAUGUUGUUUCAGCAGAAGCGUUUGGACAAAGCUUACUCACAGAGGGCUAUAUUCGUUACCUCGGCGUUGUCGGCGGCACAUUCUGUAACAGCAGUAACAUUUUCUAUCAAUGGAAGGAUAAGGCUUUCCAAUUCUGCGGACUGAAGGGCGAAGCAGAACUGGCGGAGAACGUGAAAGCUGUUCCCAUCGUCGGCACAUAUCUCUCCGGUUACUUGUCGAAUCGCAAACGUUAUGCUUCUGAAACUACGCUACAGCGGCUGGAACGCGAGGCGAAGGAAGCGAACUCAGAUUACAAAAGUGCCGUCCGUGAUCUGGAUAAAACACGAACUUUGCUCGAGGAAAACCUUUUUGAUCAUUUUGUUUUCCUUCAAUCAUGUGUGAAAGAGCGCGCUGGAAUGGUGAAGGACGUAUUUUCCAACACUUCCGCCGUCGUCUCCAACGUGGUGCCUGCCAUGCAGGCAACCGCCGAUCAGAUUGGCGUCUUUCACGAAAUCAUUCAACCGGACGCUGAGGUUCGUUUUAUUCUUGAAUCGCAUGCUACCGGCCCAUUCCUGCCACAUGUUGAGGUGCAUGAGGACUACUAUAACAACGUUGAUGAACAAACGUUCGGUGUUGAGCUUGACUUCCUCGCUCGUCGUGAUAAGAAGCGUGUUCCUUUGCUCAUUAGUACCAUCCUCUCCUACCUUGAUGAAUGUUAUCCAGCCUUUGAGUCUGACGAUCAGCGACAAAUGAUCUGGACUCGCUCCCCUCCCUUGUCUUCCAUCCACCAGCUUCGUGAAGCCAUUAUCCAGUCCAAUGGCAUAAGUCGUGAGAUUCUGACACAUUACGAUCCUCAGGUGAUUGUCGGCUUGCUCAAACUCUUUCUUCUUGAGCUUCCCGACUCUCCGAUACCUUCGAAGUUCUAUGAGGUCGUACGUUCUAUAUAUGUCAAUCAUGGAGCCGAUGAAACGAUGCGCAACCGACUUGUCCAAAGCAUGUUGAGCCAGCUGAGAAUUGUAAAUAUUGCGGCUCUCGAUGCCAUUAUAACUCAUCUGAGUCGCUUAAAUGCGCUAACAACGAACGAUGCCAGCUCGGAAUUUAUAAACCGAGUAUCCGUCGUUUUUUCGCUCUGUUUCCUGCGACCAGAGACUUGGACUGUGGCUACGCAGCAUGACAAGCAUCCUCAGAAGCUUGCAUUUGACUUGCUGUCGAACGGGCCUCUUAUUUUUACCGAACUCAAGCGUUCCGCCGCUUCUCAUAGAAAGGCUAGCAUAACCGGAAGAAGUGUGUCUAUCGAUUCUUCUAUCUCUGCUGAUCCUUACCAACGUCCUCCAUCAAUUGAAUCGCUUUCCUUGACAGAUGAUGCUACUGCCGUACAAGAAACGCAAACGGAAGAUAGUGUUUUGAAGUCACUGCCUGAGAAUUCCAAGUCCCCUUCGCGUGAAACUUCCCUGCGUCGUUCUGCGUACGGUUAUUCCAGGAAGGGAAGACGUGUUUCAAAUGCGAGUACGACCCUUUCUACCACUGAGCGCGAUAGAAAUUCUGCCUCACCCGAAGAGUUGGAAAACGUCGCACUCAUGGAAUCUAAUGAUGCUUAGAUGAACGCAUUUUUUUUUGAACGUUCUCAAUGUUUGUUCGCUUGCACCUGUUCUCGUUCUUUUGGUGAUGACUUCUAAGCGAUGUGUCUAUUGAAAUGUUUUGUUUCGCAUUCCCCCUCUAUUUUCUUUCUAUUUAACGCUUGCAUAUUCCAACAUGUACACAUGCUUACCCAUUAUCUCAACAAAAGCACAACUUACGCUAAUAUGGUGCGUUGAGUAUCCCACUUUCUCUAGGUUCAACAUAGCGGAAAAAGCUGUAAUGUCAUUUCUUUCACAUAUUUAUUUUUUCUUUAGUAGCAGCAAUUUCAAUAAAUAAACGACAUCAUUGGCACACGCAAUCAAGGAAAUAAGCUUACAAAAGGU